CUUGUUCUGGCUGCUGAAAGUAAUAUGCGCUGUUUUUGGAUGGCCGGCGCUGGGGUGGGGGCUAGCUUAUUUCCCUAACAGAGCAAAGUGCUGAUAUAAACACGAAGAAAAACAAAAAGGUACAAACGCGCGCAGAAGAAGAAAUCAGCAUCUGUACCACAGCCGCCUUUAUACAGCGCCUGGCGUCACUGAUGCAUGGGCGCAACUGGCCGAUCCGCAAUGCCGCCCAGCCGUCCACCUCCAAGCGCUCGGAGAGCUGCCUGUUGGGGGCCGGCUAUGAACGUAGGGACCCCGUGUAAUCUCUUGUUUCCUCCCCGUUCUCCACCAAUCCGCACUUGCAUGCGCCAGGUAUGUCUGCUGAUGGCAUAUCUCGCCUUUCCUCUGCUUCCAUCUACAUACGCGUGUCCCAAUUGCCAGCGCGCAACCCGUCGAUGUGCCAAUGUCCGCCCAGACAUCUAUGCACGCCAAGCCCUUGCCGCCUCAUGCCCAAUGAUAUCGCACCUAUACGCUUCUGCUGUCGAAAGCCAGGGAAAAAGGCCAGCAGAACCGGCAGUAGUAUAGCGCCUGCCCUUGUUCACCCUCUCCUGCCGCACACACGCCAUUGAGGGAAAACAAAACAAACAGCCUUUGCAUUUUUGUUUUUCAGGUUUUUGCCACACAACCCCCGAUGCCCGCGCUCUGCCUUGUCCCUUGUCAGUUUCCAUC